AUGGAUUACUCCAGUGAUCCACUGACAGAUUGUCAGUCUCAAAUGUUAUCAUUCUGGGAUCUUAUACGUGUUGAAAUUGAUGGCCUGAAAUGUGAUCAUGCCGCUUUCAAAACCCAGGACCUACCAUUGGCUCGUAUUAAAAAGAUUAUGAAGUUAGAUGAUGAUAUUAAAUGUAUGAUGAUAAGUGCUGAAGCACCGAUAUUGUUUGCUAAAGCAGCUGAACUUUUUAUACGAGAGCUAACGUUAAGGGCAUGGAUUCACACAGAACGUAAUCGUCGGCGUACCCUUCAGAGAAAUGAUAUAGCAAUGGCAGUCAGUGAUGGAGACACAGAUCAAUUUGACUUUCUUAUUGAUAUUGUACCUCGUGAAGAAGCAAGAGGACAUCGUCGGCCAACACAAACAACGUCAACUUCAAACGCUAAUGGGAAUUCAAUGAAUAUUAAGUCAGAAAAUCCAUCACAUAGAAACAAUUUUCUUGCAAAUACGAAUGAUACUCAUUCAUUAUCUCUAGGACAAAACUCUGGCCAGGUGGUUGUUUCCGGUUUGUCUAACGAUGUUACGGGAUCUUCAACCCAACCACAAACAGUAACUGUCGCUCUGGCAUCUGCAGCCCUUGCCGGAGCAACGUCCGUUAAUUCGGGCAUUCCAUGUCAAACAUUAGUCCAACAAAAUCAACCUACAGCUGUUCAUUUUACAACGAUCUCGUCUGGCAGUGGUAUAGCUGUCGCUCAGUCUUCAGCUAAUUCUGGGUCAACUGUAAUCGCCUCAGCACCCAACGCUACCACAGUGGCUACCACUGCAGCUCCCUUGCAAUACGUUCUUCAACUUCCGGUUGGUGCAGCUGGAGCAUCAGCUGGUCAGCCGUUUCAGAUACAAGUCCUUCCUCAACAUUUCCAGACUGUUAAUACCGACGCUGUAUCUGCCGGACAAGCUGGUGCUAUUCUUGCUGACGGAAAUACCCUUCCUUUAGUUCAAGUCGUCUCUCAACCAGGUGGCAUAGCAGUUCCAAUCAUUCAAGAGGCUGGAGGAAGUAGAGCUCAAAUUUUACAGCUUCAGAUGCCAGAAUCCACUGCUGGUCAAAGACCGACCUUGUUUCUACAGCAAGCCGGUGCCCUGCUAGGCACUCACAUGGGUGCAGUAAUUGCAAGUGUAGAUGGUCAUCCGCAACAAAUUAUGUACAGUUUACAGGCACAACCACUGGUUUCUUCAGACUCUUCAUCAAGAGCUCAAGUUCUUCUUUCAUUGGAUGAGGCAUCUGAAUGUAUCGCAUCUAUUUCAGAUUCAAACUGUAUAACAUCCAAUAACAGUAUUCAUGCUGGUACUGCUCAGUUAUUAGACGAAGCAGCUAGUGAAUUAAAUAUUGCAUCUUCUGUCGCUGUACCCCACUCAGUAAAUACUGAAAUACUUGGACCUAAAGAUUACACACCGCAUUCUACAGAGCUUGAUCAUAAACCAGUUUUAAACUCCAGUAGUGUUAUGAUUACUGACAACCUUGUAAAUCUAGCCGAAAGUCAAGCAGUCGAGAUUCACACCGUAGAUUCGAAUAACAGAGAGGGCUUGAAGGCUGAAGUUGAUAAUCCACACCCAAAUAUUAUUACAGACGAUGAUGAAACUGUUUAA